AUGCGGAGCGAGAUACGGCGCGGCGAGAUAGCGAGUGAUAGUUGGGCGGGCGGCGAUAAAUUAGGGCGGCGAGGGCGGGGGUCGCGUGCGCGGCGGCCGUUCGUCGCGUCGCGUGCGCGCGCGCUCAUUGCUUAUUCAUGCCGCCGGGGCACGCGAUUGCGCUCGGACCGAGCGGAGACUUGGUCGGUACGCGGGCACGCGGCCGUACCGAUACCAGAUACAGUACCGAUUUUCGUGGAUUCUGACCACGUCGCCUCAACGAUUUGUCGCGUUACGCAAUACGUUCAGAGAGGUGGUGUUUCGGAUUUUCACUACCCGCAACUAAAGUUGCGCGUCGAGCACGUGGGCGAUUGUGCCAUCUCGCGCCGGCCCGUAUCGUCAGGUAUCGGCUCUUCCGCGCCGAAUGCACUUCGCGUCCAUAGAAUUUGCACUAUAAAACGCGACGUUCAAUAUCGAACUUCCCCCAGCACAGGCACUCCUGAAAACACAUCCCGAACGGAGCAAGUUUCGCUAUUCGAGCCGUUU